GUGUUCUUUUCAAAAAUAUGAAGCAGAUCUUUUUCUCCUGUCAUAAAAAUAAUAUGGAGCCAGGAUCUUCCCAUAGUUUGGUGUCAAAUUAAUGUGAUGUUCCUGGUCUUGUACAUUAACAACACUGGCCAUGACAUGGUAUCCUCAGCCUCUAGUUUAGGAUCUAUUGUAGUGCCUUAUUUGCUGUGUAAGUUGUAUAAUGUACAGAAAAGGUAGCUGAAGCAAGGUUAGGUAAAUUGAUAUUGAGAAAAUUUACGAUUGGUGGAGCAUAACAUUUGAACUUAUCUUAUCCUUGUACAUUGAAACAAAAAAAAAUAUAAAGCUCAACAGAAAAUUAAAAAAUUCUCCUUGUCAUGUGUGCUCUCCUUCACACUUCCCAAUGACCCGUCUGCUUUGGAGCAAUAAUAAAGAUGAUAGUGAUGAUUUCGAGCAGCUGGUAUGCUUGUAAGUUUACAAACUUGUGUGUUUAAAUGUAUGUAUUUCGGUAUAGAUGGAAUAUAAGCAGAACAGUGUAGAAUAAAUUAUAAAGAAAUUUUAACUAAAGGAAUCUUAUCUUCGGGACCUGGGCAGAAAGGCAAGAUGUCAGCAAAAGGAAAUAUUGUUUCUGUUAAUAAGAUAUAUAAGCAAAGUAUAGAUUAAAUUAAUUUACACAAACACAAUAACUUUCAUGAAUGACAACAGCAUUUAAAAUUUCGUGAAAAAGCACAAAUAUUUGCGAAAUUACCACAAGAAUAUGUGUAUGUUGCUAUUGUAUCCCAAAAUUCUGAAAUUAUUAUGACAAUGAUUAUAAUUUUUUUAGAAAUCAAUGAAUUUUAAACAUCAAAACACUUCAUGGGGUUUAUCAGAAUCAAACUUAUAGAAGCUACUGCUGGCUCAGAAGUAUGGAAACUUCUAGAAAACGAAGGGAAAACAUGGGAUCCGUUUUGUGGCAUUCAUAUCAAAGAGGCUGUGGAAGUACCUGGUCAAGGUAUUCAAUUGGUUCAAAAAAAGAAAACAAUUUAUCCUGAUUGGAAUCGAUGUUUCGACACUCAUUUGUAUGAUGGGAGGAUGAUAACAUUUGUGGUGAUGAAUAAAGAAGAUGGCAAAGUUACUGGUGAUGCGACUGUUGGUGUAGAAUUUUUGGCUAAGCAAUGUGAAACCAGCAUUAUUAAUGUGUCCAGUGUUUGGCUCGAUUUGCAACCCUACGGCAGGCUUUUGGUUCAUGUUCGCCAUUUUUCAGAAUCUAAAGAUGACCAAAACAGUGGAGCCUUGGAAAGCAAGACUUUAAACAAUAAAAGCGGCCUGCAGUUGCGCAGAGGGGCUGUCAGGAAAGCAAAAGUUCACGAGAUUCGUGGACAUGAAUUUAUAGCAAAAUUUUUUCGUCAACCAGCAUUUUGUUCGGUGUGCAACCAGUUUAUGUGGGGAUUUGGAAAACAAGGAUAUCAAUGUACAGCCUGUUCAUGUUCCGCGCACAAGAAAUGCCACGAUAAAGUUUUAUUUCAUUGCACGAAAUCUGCAGAGGCUUCUCAAGACACAGUAAAAAUGAAGGAACGUUUCAACAUAAAUGUACCUCAUCGGUUUAUGCCAAAGACGUACCUUAGUCCAACCUUCUGUGAUCACUGUGGGUCAAUGUUAUAUGGUCUGUUCAGGCAAGGUUUAAAGUGUGAAACUUGUAACACGAAUUGUCAUCACAAAUGCAAGGAGAAGAUGCCAAAUCUAUGUGGUAUUAAUCAGAUGAUGUUUGCUGAAGCUAUGAAGAGCAUAGAGGAUAAAAAGAAACGUGGGAGUACCGUUUCCACUGAUGAUAAUGAAGUAAAAACCACAAUGGAAGAAGAAUCAACAUUGUAUGAAUCAGUGUGGGAAUGGAUGCCACCCACUCCGCCAACAAGAACCGCCAGUAUACGCCCUGAAAGCAAAAAGAAAAGAUACGAUAUUGAAGAUUUUAAAUUCCUGAAAAUUUUAGGCAAAGGCAGUUUUGGCAAAGUAUUGUUAGCCGAAUUACCAGCAGAGAACAACGCAGUGUAUGCUAUUAAAGCUUUGAAAAAAGAUGUCGUACUUGAAGAUGACGACGUGGAAUGUACACUGGUUGAACGAAGGGUGUUAGCAUUAUCAACCAGACAUCCUUAUUUAACUCAUCUCAUGUCUACUUUUCAAAACGAGAGUCAUUUGUUUUUUGUAAUGGAAUAUUUAAAUGGUGGCGAUCUUAUGUUUCACAUCCAAAAAAAUGGUAAAUUUGACGAGAAUCGGUCUCGUUUCUAUGGCGCAGAAAUCAUAUGUGGAUUGCAAUUUCUUCACAGUCACGGAAUAGUGUACAGGGAUUUAAAGUUAGACAAUGUCUUGCUUGAUCGUGAAGGUCACGUUAAAAUAGCUGAUUUUGGUAUGUGUAAAGAAGACAUGACUGAAGGUGUAAAAACUUCGACAUUCUGUGGAACGCCAGAUUAUAUCGCUCCAGAGAUUCUAAAAGGUCAGCGAUAUGAUUCGGCUCCUGAUUGGUGGAGCUAUGGUGUUUUAUUAUACGAAAUGUUAAUUGGGCAAUCACCUUUCGCUGGCGAGGACGAAGACGAUCUGUUUGCGUCGAUUUGUAGGGAUAAGGUUUUCUUUCCGAAAUGGAUUUCGGAAUCUGCUGUGUCGGUGCUAACCCAGCUGAUGGAAAGGAACAUCUCGCUACGUCUUGGUUAUGCGUAUGGAACUAAACCUCAUGUCCGAAAACAUCCGUUUUUUAGUCCGAUAGAUUGGAAUAAAUUAGAAAAAAAAGAAAUUAAGCCGCCGUUCAAACCGGAAGUGAAAGCGGAUAACGCAGUAAAUAAUUUUGACCCUGAUUUCACGAUGGAGGAUCCAAAACUGACGCCGACGGACGAGCAGCUUUUAAAAUCUAUGGAUCAAGUCCAGUUCAAGGGUUUCUCCUUUAUCAAUCCUGCUUUUCAUGUAGCCAAAACACGAAAAUCUUGAAGAGCAUUAUGUUUAUAUUGGUAGAAAUUGGAUUAGUAUGGAAUUUGUGUUGUAGUUUAAAGAUUAUUUUUACGCUAGGGUUUUUUUGUUUAUAUUUCGCUAAGAAACACAUUCUAAAAGAACAAGUAUUAUAAAAGAAUUUUCCAUAUAAAAAAUAUAGUUGUACAAUAUUUGUAAGGGUGUCCACUCUAUCAGGAAAUGUCAGGAAUUUCAAAAGUAUUAUUAGAAUGACAGUAAUUUAGUUUUAAAAUAUCAAUCAGAAAAAACAAAAGUCUUUUUUUUUAUUUUCUUUAUUUUCAAACUAUAGGUAAGAAUUACAUUUCAAUUUUUUUUUAAGAAUUGUCAUUAUUUGUUUUUAUUUUUCUAUUCAUAUGCUUGUAUUUUGUGGGUAAUCCAAGCUUUAUUGAAUAUCUGCACCGGCUGAAAUGUAGUGGAAAAAACAAAUGAACUGUCUGGCAUUUUAGUCAAAAAAUGUCAGGGAAUGUUAGGAAAAUGAGAGGUUGGUAUUGAGUGGACACUCUAUUCGUGCAACAAAACGUAUUUGUUUAUACAUCUAAUGUUUUGCACGUGCGCAAAGUUGAUGUUUUUUGGAGCAAGGGAUUUUCACUUUUAUUUGUUGAACCUUCAAUUUCUAUGGAGAUGAUGUCAUUAUUUUAUGAGGGUUCUCCACAUAAGUGCUUUUAUAGUCAUUCAUAAUAAUUAAUGUUCAGUUUAAAAAUUGAUUUUAGUUAACUUAUUCAAUUUUUGUCUCGAUUACACGAACUUGAACACUGUAUUUUGUUUUUUGUAGUAAUUAUUUGCAAUAGUACUCAUAGGAUAAUCAAGCCCAUUAGAAAAAGGAAUUACGACUUUUGUAGUAUUUAUUUGAAAUAUUUGAUAUUUUUUUCUAAUUUCCAUUAAAAAUGUUAUUGUCCAUAUCAAUAAUUCGCAUAGAGGCAGCACGACGUUUGUAAAUAAAAUUUACUCCACCCUCCCUCCUGGUAACUAAAUAAAAAAUGAGGUAAACAGGCCCAAAGAUUUUUAUCAUACUAUUUUUAAUGAUUUAUGGAAAAGUUCACAAUUUCUGUUUUGUAAAUAAAGAAGUUCGAUAUUUUGUUACAAGUCGUAGUUGAAGUGUUUAUAAUCAAGGGCUGCUGAUUCUUGUAAUGAUAUUCCAAAAUAAAUAAAAAGCGAUAAUUUCGAUCAGUUUUUACGCAGACUUUUUUAAGAAUUCCUAAAUCAGCUGGUAACAAAAUUCUCGAUUUUCGACUCUCGUACUCUACUUCGGUAACUCAAGGCAAUACUUCGCCGUGACUUUGCUGCCGACUGUCUGCCCAUGACCCGUCUUGUAUUACACUCAUGGAAAGGUGCAACCCACGGUGUUUGUAGUAAUUUUCUUUCACGUUUUUUGUACUAUAUAUAUUUGCAACUUGCAUACUGUAUAUUAUUACUUUGCUAUAUUUUUUUAAAUCAUUUGAACUUAAUUUUCAAACUGAUUCUGUGUUAAUUUUUUGAAAACGAAUUUCAUGCAUUUAUGUUUA